GCGCCCUGUGGCUGCCCGCCGGCGCGCCUGCGGCGACCGUGGCGCAUUCCCACCAGGACUUCCUGUUCGGAGCGGCGCCCCCCUCCGCCGCGCACGCCGCGACGGCUGCCGCCGCCAGCAGCUUCCUGGGGACGGCGGGCGGCCACCCCUUCGACGACGCGCACGCGCCCCACGUCGCCGAGUCCGGCAUCUUCUCCGACGGGCUGCGCUCGGCCCGCACGGCGCUGAUGGUCACGGGCGGCAUGUGCAGCAAGCUCUUCGGCCUGGGGAUGAUGGGCUUCUUGGUUUACCAGUCCAUGAAAACGAACGUGGCAGCGCAGGCACAGCAACGGGAGCAGGAGAAGAGCCAGCGCCAGCCAGAGCUCGUCCGGGGCGUGGCCCGGCCAAGCUGCUGCGGGCAGAGCCAGCUCGGCCAGCACGGGGCGGCCUGA